CAGCACAUACCCACCGUGUAUUAAAAACAUAGAGAUGUGCUGUGGGGCGCAAAUGCAAACUCAUUCCCCGAUACAUGGUGGAAUGUAUCUGUGAGGUGAACUCUGCAAAUAGCGGAUCCGGUCUCCAUUGGAUGAGGUCUUCCGCUGUAGCCCCAGAAAACGAGUUGGAUCACCUGCCAACAAAAGUGUAACGUCUUUUAUUGGCCAUGAUCCGGAUUCCUACGAAACAGCCCAAACCCCGUAGAGAAGGAGAAAAAUACCCAUAUCAAUUCUCAGAUUUUCAUUUUCUGGAGUGUGUUAUUCCACUCGUAAGUUGCCCCAUUGAUGAAUUUUGCGUCUCGCUCCUUCUUUACCUCUCUGUUACACUUCACCGAGCAAAAAAAUCUCCACAAUGGAAGAACCUUGCACGCUCAGAUCGUCAAAUCGGGUUUGGGCUCGGAUCUUUUCCUUGCCAACAGUCUUGUCAACUACUACGCCAAGUGCGGCCACUUGGUUCAAGCCCAGCUCCAAUUCGAAGAGAUAGACAACAAAGAUGUCAUCUCAUGGAACUGUCUCAUCAAUGGCUACUCUCAGCAGAGCAGCCCAGAGGGUUCUUCCCUUGUUGUGCAGUUGUUUCAGCGUAUGAGAACAGAGAAUGUAAUCCCCAACGCCCACACUUUAGCCGGUGUCUUGACCACCGCGGCGAAUUUGUCAGAUGCUUCGUUUGGGCAGCAGGCUCAUUGCGUUUCCAUUAAGAUAGCGAAUUCUCGGGAUAUUUUUGUGGGUUGCUCCCUGAUCAAUAUGUAUUGUAAAUCGGGUUUUGUAUUGGAGGGCCGCCGCGUGUUUGACAGAAUGCCCGAGAGGAACUCUGUUUCGUGGACUACAAUGAUUUCAGGAUAUGCUGUUGAGAGACUCACAGCGGAAGCUAUGCUGCUGUUUAAAUUAAUGCGUUGUGAAGAGGGGGACGAGAAUGAGUUUGUCUUUACCAGUAUUCUUAGUGCAUUGGUGCUUCCUGAACAUAUUGACAAUGUCAAGCAAGUCCAUUGUGUUGCACUUAGAAACGGCUUGGUAUCAUUUUUGUCUGUGAGGAAUGCCCUUGUGACAAGUUAUACAAAGUCUGGGAAUUCAAAUGAUGCGCUUGGAAUGUUUGAGUCCUCAACUGAUAGGAACACCAUUACGUGGUCCGCAAUGAUCACAGGCUAUGCCCAAACCGGCAAUUCUGAGGAUGCUUUGUGCUUGUUUUCCAAGAUGCAAUCUUUUGGGAUUAGACCUAGUAAAUUCACCUUUGUUGGGGUCCUCAAUGCUUGCAGUGACAUUGGUGCAGUUAGAGAAGGAAAGCAAGUGCAUGACUAUUUAUUGAAAUUGGGGUUUGAAUCCCAAGUGUUCAUAAGGACCGCAUUGGUUGACAUGUAUGCAAAAUGUGGUUGUGUCGUUGAUGCUCGAAAGGGGUUUGAUCAGUUACAAGAUCCUGAUAUUGUGUUGUGGACGUCAAUGAUAGGAGGAUAUGUACAAAAUGGAGAGUACGAAGAGGCUCUGAGUUUAUAUGGUAGAAUGGAUAUGGAGGGGAUAUGGCCUAAUGAACUGACCUUGGCCAGUGUCAUAAGAGCAUGUUCAAGCCUUGCAGCUUUGGAGCAAGGGAAACAAAUCCACGCCCGCACAAUUAAGCUUGGGUUUGGUUUAGAAAUCCCAAUUGGAAGUGCACUAUCAACCAUGUAUGCAAAAUGUGCGGACCUUGAAGAUGGAAGCCUUAUCUUUAGAAGGAUGCCCUGUAGGGAUGUGGUUUCAUGGAAUUCAAUGAUAUCCGGACUCUCUCAAAAUGGAUGUGGUAAAGAGGCUCUAGAUCUGUUUGAAGAAAUGCGCAUGGAAGGCACAAAGCCAGACUAUGUAACAUUUGUCAACCUUCUUUCAGCUUGUAGCCACAUGGGUUUGGUGGAGAGAGGUUGGGCCUACUUCAAGUCUAUGUUUAGUGAAUAUGUGAUGGCACCAAGGGUGGAGCAUUAUGCUUGCAUGGUUGAUAUCCUUAGCCGUGCUGGAAAGCUCAAUGAAGCCAAAGAAUUAAUUGAAUCAGUUUCCUCCGAGUAUGAGAUGUGCCUAUGGCGUAUUUUGUUGGGUGCUUGCCGGAACUAUCGAAACUUUGAUAUCGGAGCAUACGCAGGGGAAAGGCUAAUGAAACUGGGAACGCAGGAUUCAUCUGCUUAUGUUUUGUUGUCUAGUAUCUAUUCUGCCUUGGGUAGGUGGGAAGACGUCGAACGGGUAAGAGGAGUGAUGAGACUUCGAGGGGUGAACAAAGAGCCUGGGUGUAGCUGGAUAGAGAUAAAGAGUAGAGUUCAUGUAUUUGUAGUUGGGGACCAAUUGCACCCACAAAUUGGUGAUAUACAUGAAGAAGUAAAAAGGUUAACCAAGCAAAUGAAAGAUGAAGGAUACCAACCUUCCUUGGAUUCGGUAUUUCGUCGCUUUACUUGCUCUGAGACGACAAGAAGUUAUAAUUAAAAUUUUUUAUAUCCAAUUCUCACGCCAAAUUGUUGGCAUUUUUUUUCCAUGCAUUGGUUUAACACAAAUAAUCAUCAAAUAAAAUUUUUUUUGAUAAUCAAAUAAACUGUAUUAUAUUCUU